AUGGAUAGAAAUAGAAUUAUAUUACAACCAACUGAAAAUGAAGUAGAGGAAAAGAAAAGUGGUAAGAGAGUAAAGCAAAAGGUACCUCUUCAACCUGGUCACAGUCAAUUGGAUUGGUUAAAGAUGCAACGUGCUGCAACACCUAUGAUACAUGCAUACGAACCUCCUAGAUUGAUCACUAUUGAAGAGUUGGAGAAACACAAUACACGUCAAGAUGCAUGGACAGUGUAUAAAGGAAAGGUUUAUAACCUAACUCCUUAUUUCACUUAUCAUCCUGGAGGUGAUGUACAACUUGAAAGAGCUGCUGGUAAAGAUUGUACUUUUAUGUUUGAUUUUAGACAUGAUUGGGUAAAUUUAGAAGCAAUGUUGGAAAAGUUAUUAAUAGGUUAUUUAGCACCUCCUCAACAACAAUAA